AUGGAUUACCUCCGCUACAUGCCGUUGUUCGUAAAGUCCCUGCUCCUGAAGGUUCUCAAUUUCUUCGAACCACCGCCCAAAGUAAAAGUGGAUGUAGAUUUGUCUUCAGACGGGCUUGAGGAUCUCGAGCAAGAAUAUCACCAUACGGCACCCCUCACGGACACAGACGACGAACCAGACGAUGAUGAGCCCAUGUAUGAUGAUGAGUAUGAUGAGGAGAUGGGCUAUGAGAGCGAGGAGCGAGAGGAUAUACAGGCGCGAGUCCCCCGAACAAACAUCAGGCUCAACGGCGACAAUAUCAAGGUCAUCGAGGCGCUCUUCUCCCUUCCAGGAAGCAGGUCCUCGGAUUUGGACUGGGUCCAGUUCACGCAGCUCAUGACGCGCCUCGGCUUCGGCGUUCGUAUGCGCGGAGGAAGUGCCACAACCUUCACCCCAUACCCAGGCGCAUUCGUGCCCUUUGCCCAGAUGGGGGCAAUCGUGUUCCACAUGCCACAUGGGAAGUCCAGGGGAAGCCCUAAGUGCAAGGCAUCCACCGCGAGGAAAUGGGGAGCACGCCUUCGGGAGAGGUAUGGCUGGACGGCGGAUAUGUUCUUGGAAAAUUGA